UCUGGAGCUCCUUCAGGGAGGGUAAGAGGAAGGAGGUCUGUGAACCCAGGUCUCAGUACCCCUGCGACCCUCACUAGUUAAACCAGUUCUUUCCUGGGGCAAAGGACUUCGGAGGCUAGGAGAAGACCUGCAGGUGGAGGAUAAGCAAAGGAGUCAGUGUGCGGUUUGGGAGAAAAUGUGUCGGAUAUUUUGGGGCGGUCACGUGGGCGGGCGGGCUCCGAGAGGCCCCGGGACAGUCCCAGCCUAGAGCCGUGCCCCCCCCUGGCGCCCCCCAUUACCGCGAGCCCCUGACACCGCGACGCUCCAUCCCGGAGACCGCCCGACGCCGGGACCUCGGGGCUCCGCGGCCUCCCUUCCCCCGCCCUCCCCCUUCAGCACUUACAGCCCAGUCCCCUCAACCUGACCCAAUAUGUAGGAGGGAAUCUCUGCAGGUGGCCAAGAGGCCUCCUUCCUUGGUGAGAACCUGGAGUCUGAGCAUCUCUGGGACCCCCUGCUGAAGUCCUCUGCCCUGCUUUUAAGGAUCCUUGGAGACCCAGUGGGCAGGCCAGGCAGGGUGGGCACGGAGCCUCCCAGGCCAGGGCAGUGGGCAUGGGCGGGGGCUGUGGCUGAAGACCACCCCCGCCCACUGCAGACCCUGGGGGACUCCCACAUCGCAACUGCCAUGGCUACCAAUAAGGAGCGACUCUUUGUGGCUGGUGCCCUGGGGCCUGGUUCUGGCUACCCAGGGGCAGGCUUCCCCUUUGCCUUCCCAGGGGCACUCAGGGGGUCUCCACCAUUCGAGAUGCUGAGCCCUACCUUCCGGGGCCUGGGCCAGCCUGACCUCCCCAAGGAGAUGGCCUCACUGUCGGUGGAGACGCAGAGCACUAGCUCAGAGGAGAUGGUACCCAGCUCGCCCUCACCCCCGCCACCUCCUCGGGUCUACAAACCUUGCUUCGUGUGCAAUGACAAGUCCUCUGGCUACCACUAUGGGGUCAGCUCAUGUGAAGGCUGCAAGGGCUUCUUCCGACGCAGCAUCCAGAAGAACAUGGUGUAUACCUGUCACCGUGACAAAAACUGUAUCAUCAACAAGGUGACCAGAAAUCGCUGCCAGUACUGUAGGCUACAAAAGUGCUUUGAAGUGGGCAUGUCCAAGGAAGCUGUGCGGAAUGACCGGAACAAGAAGAAGAAAGAGGUUAAGGAAGAAGGGUCUCCUGACAGCUAUGAGCUGAGCCCCCAGUUAGAAGAGCUCAUCACCAAGGUCAGCAAAGCCCAUCAGGAGACCUUCCCCUCGCUCUGCCAGCUGGGCAAGUAUACCACGAACUCCAGUGCAGACCACCGGGUGCAGCUAGAUCUGGGGCUGUGGGACAAGUUCAGUGAACUGGCCACCAAGUGCAUCAUUAAGAUUGUGGAGUUUGCCAAGCGGUUGCCUGGCUUCACAGGGCUCAGCAUUGCUGACCAGAUCACUCUGCUCAAGGCUGCCUGCCUGGACAUCCUGAUGCUACGGAUCUGCACAAGGUACACCCCAGAGCAGGACACCAUGACCUUUUCUGACGGGCUGACCCUGAACCGGACCCAGAUGCACAACGCUGGAUUUGGGCCCCUCACAGACCUCGUCUUUGCCUUUGCUGGGCAGCUCCUGCCGCUGGAGAUGGAUGACACUGAGACAGGACUGCUUAGUGCAAUCUGCCUCAUCUGUGGAGACCGCAUGGACCUGGAGGAACCUGAAAAAGUAGACAAGCUGCAAGAGCCAUUGCUGGAAGCCCUGAGGCUAUAUGCCCGGCGCCGGAGGCCCAGCCAGCCCUACAUGUUCCCAAGGAUGCUCAUGAAAAUCACCGACCUCCGGGGCAUCAGCACCAAGGGAGCAGAAAGGGCCAUUACCCUGAAGAUGGAGAUUCCAGGCCCGAUGCCCCCACUGAUCCGAGAGAUGCUGGAGAACCCCGAAAUGUUUGAGGACGAUUCUUCGCAGCCUGGUCCCCAGCCCAAGGCCUCCAGCGAGGAUGAGACUCCCAGGGGCCAGGGAAAAGGAGACCAAAGUCCCCAGCCUGACCAGGGCCCCUGACCUCCCCCGCCGUGGGGUUGGGCUCCAUGCAGCAGACUGACCAUCUCCCAGACGCCACCAGUGACUGGGGGAGGACCUGCUCUGCCCUCUCCCCACCCUUCCAAUGAGCUCCUUGUUUUGCCAAAGUUUCCAGGGGUGCCUCUGUGUUCAUCCCUUUUCUACUCUAACUGGCUCCCUCUCCAGUCCCAGGGGCCUGUCCUGCUCCCACCAGGAGAGAGGGCGGAGAGGUGAGCCUGGGUCUGGACUCUAAAAUCUCAGCACUGCCCCUCAGAUGUCAGUGUCCUCAGCUCCCCAGGGCAGGAGGAAGACCCUGCCAUACCAUAGCCCCUUCCUCUGCCAGGUGCUUGGGCUCUGGGAGCAAACAGGAACACUAGAGACCAAAAGAGAGGCAGGGGCUGAGCCCAUCCUUCUUGCCCCUUCCCUUGGUGCCUAACGUUGUGUGAUGCACCUGCUGGUGCCUUCUGGUGCCCCAUCCUUGUGCCAGGUCAGGGUGGGGGCAGGCUGGGCCCUGCAUUUCUGGGACAGGACCCAAGGGUGAAAGGGACAGAUGCAGGUCCAUUCUGCACCUCAUUGCUGGGGUGCAGUGUUUACCCCAUGUCCUCCGUUACAAACCCCUUUCCAGCCCCAUCAUGUGCCUUGGGCUCCUCCUGCCCCCCAUCUCAGCCAUUGGGCAGGGGCCCUCCUACACUACAGAGGAGCCAGGGAUCCCUCUCCUAGUGCCUUCCACCCUUGAUCCCCAGAGCAGCUUGGCCCAGGGAGAGGAGAUGCUGCUUAGCUGAUCCCACCCUGACCCAGAGGAAGCCUCUAUUUAUUUAUUAGCUUUUGUUUACACCCUGGUAUGACCCCUUCCUCCAGGGGUCUUGGGAGGGGGAGCCCAGGGCCUCUGUGAACCCUCCCUUCUUCCUCCAAUCCCCAGUUUGUAUUUAGCUGCCAAAUAAGAUUCCCACUGGCUCUCCUUUUUCUCUGGGGGGGUCAGAGUGCUGUCCCUUCCCCUCUGUUUACAUCUCCCCUCUACCCCGCUGUAUCGCAUAUUGCUGAGUUUUCUAUUUUUGCAAAAUAAAGUGAUGGAAACUCA